ACGACGACGGCGACGGACACGGAGACAGCAACGGCGAUUACGACAGCAACAAUACCAAUUGGCAUUCUACUAUGUUCAGUUUUUCCCGUACAAACAUUAUAUAUACUCGCCUUAAACGAAUAAACGAGUAAACGAACAAACGACCGAAAGAUAGACACCAACACACACCGUGUGCGAGCAACGAUAAUGUGGAAAACAGACCUCCAUAUAAGAUCCAGCAUAAGCGUGAGCGCAAUGCAAUGGUGUCGCGACGCACUGACGCACACAUAUUAUACACAUACGAAUGCCGACAAUUCUUUUAAGUGUGCACUAGAGUGGCUUGGAUUUUGAAUCAGCUUUUUGUCUCGGUUCACUUACUGAACGGCGACAGUUGGAAUUGUGUCUGAAAUUGAAUUUAUCAUUAAUUAUGGCAGAUGAUUCAUAUUGUGCAUAAUGUGAAGUAAAUGAUUGCGUUAAACUUAAUUGACCAUUGACUUGGACUUUUUUUCUCUGUGUGAUGAUCCAACUAAUUUGGCCGUGACACCCUAUUUGUACAUGGCUUUAAUAAUUUAGUGUCUAGACAAUGGUGUCGCUUGUCUUGAACGAACCCAACUGAUUUCUAUUUCACGUAACCAAAACCAACUGAAUAUUUUGAUCCAUAGAAAAAAAAAAACUGUAUAGGAUACUAUGUAUUGUAUAAGAAAAUCGGCGAUUCCACUAUUCAAAUCGACCGCAAACGCAUUUGAUUCUGUUUAAGCUGAAAAUAAGGAGAGGAACAUUCUGUAUUGGAUUGCUUUAAAAAAGAAAUAACUUUUCCUAAAUUUCAUUGGCCAUGGUGGCAUCGUACAUUUGCAACAGUUUUCCUACAAAUGGGUUCGAAACACCUGCAUUCAUGAACGUAAUUGUGACGAAUAUCAUCGAAAGACACAGCCGAACACACCGACAUAUGCGCACACAACCUACACAGAAUCGUACGAACGAAGACAUGCUGCUGAUGUUGUUGCCGUCGCCGCUGCUGCUGACAUGUGUAGAAAAGGCGAACACACUGAACACCGCCGUGAAUACACACAUUGAUACACAAUGAAUGGUGAAUAUUGAUACACAGCGGAGUUAUUGUGCAUGUAUACAUAUAAGAACAGCCGUAACAGCAAACCGUACGAACGGUGCCGUGUGAGUGUUUUAGUGGCGCUAGAUCCCACGCUGGUACUCUAUCGGCUGGUGUCACAACUAAACGCGCUCACAAUACUCUGCUGCUGCUGCUGCUGCUGCUCUUGCUGCUGUUGUUGCUGUUGAAAGAUAUAUUUUUUCGAAUGCCCGUACGAGUAAUCAGUAUGACUUAAGGAAUAGAGGAGAUAAGAGCGAUACGUACGAAUGUCGCUGAUCAAUUUAUUUUUAUUUUAUUCUGUUUUCAAAAUUUAAUUUCGUUCAUUCGUUUUUUACGUAUUUUUGUUUUCGUUAUUAAAUAAAAAAAAACGGUGAACACACGGUAAAUUUUAAACAUAAUCAAGCAAAAGCAAAAGCGAAAACCAAAACCGAUAAGUUUUAGGCGUAUGCGGCUUACAAUUAGGCAUUGUUAUAUGAAUAUAUUUUUGUUUUUAAAUUGAAACAUCAUCAAAGCAACUGAAUGAAAUUUAUGGAAACAAAAGUCAUAGGCAUAUAAACAAGCCCAUCGAUUAAACGAGGUUAUAAAUUUACGGGAGCCUGAGAAAAGUCAACGAAACGACGGGCCGCCUGAAUUAAUCAAUAGAAGCCAAAAAAACACUGGACGAAACAUUUAAUGAAAAUGAAAGAAUUGUUUAUGCUUUAAGUGAAGUUGAUUAUUCGUUAAUGACAACGUUUUGAACCACACUCGAAAAUUCCAAGUGAUGAGAGACAACGACCAGAGUGACGUUGAACACACUUUUUUGUGCACUGACAAGUAAAUAAAUGAAAUAAAUAUUGAUUCAUCGACCAUAAACAAAAUCGGCCAAUUAAUCGAGCAAAAAGAGAGAGAGUGUGUGUGUGAGAGAGAACGAAAGACGAGAGGAGCCGAGACAAGACAAAAGCAAGCAAAAUUCAUGUGAGAUCAAUAGCCGAAUGUACUGAAUGCAUUCUAAUCAUUGUGCAAUAUAAGCGGAUAGAUAUGUGUGCAUGAACUAGUUUGACUUGACUGAUCACAUAUGCCGUCGAAAUUUGAGCGAAAAACAAUCAAAAAAUAAAUAAAUAAAAAAGCAGAAACAGAACAAAAUCAAAAUCGUCAUAUCACAAUUCAGUUUUGUUACAUACCAUUUUCACAUCGAAGCGAACCGAUUUUGAGCAGCGAAUUGUUUACGAACACUGUGAUUUACUUCGAUCGAUGAUUCUUUGACUAUUUGGUGUCGAUUAAAUUGAAUAUAUACGAAACAAUGCGGCGAUAACGAAAUAGAUGCGAAUGCUCUCGUCUCAUGAUUUAUUUGAAUAUAUAAAGAAACGGGCAUAUUUUUGAAUAAACUUAGAGAAAAAAUCAAUCGAAGUGUCUCAUUCGAUUCGUAUUCGGAUUUUUCAACAAAUCUAUUUACUGUGAGAGAAAGAGUGCGCAAACUAUCCUCGGUGCUAUAUAGUGAAAAAGGGAGCAAGAAAAAAAAGGAAACAAUUGCUGCUUUGAAUGCGAAAUUUCAAAAAGAAAAGAAAAAUAAAAGUAAAGAACGAUCCAAAGCGAAAAAAAAGUCAUCAUCUACAUGUGUGCGUCUACGUUGUAGCAUCUCGCACAGAGACUGAAGUAAAUCGUGCAGUAUUAUAUAUGUUACGCCACGUAUGUGAAUUCUGAGUGUGAAUACGAACAUUGUGGUAUGGCAGAGCAAAAUACAAACGGCAAAAAACACCAACAGUAACAAGAAAACAACAAUACUACAUAUCCGAUAGCAAGAGUCCAUCGCAUACGGUUCGAACAAACGCUGUUCCGUACAAUAGCUAAAUGUAUCUAACUUUUUAUGUAAGGAAGUAUGCGCACACAUCGCGGUUGUGAUGAUAUAUAAAUGUGCAUUGGCUUAUGUGUGUGUGCCCGUGCAUGUCGUGAGUGCGUAGAAUCUCGACGAAAAGAAAUUCGGUCUUACUUAAAGACAGCGGCGUUACGCGCAAAAUAUUGGAAUUUGUUUUCUCUCAUUUAACAUUUUUGUUUUUUGUUUUUAUUUUAUUUUUCACUGUUCGUUCACUGUGCAAAAUCGGAGGAAUUUUUAGCGAUUGUCUUCUUGCCGAUUCGACAACUCGACAAUUCGAUUUCCAACAACAGCCGUCUCGUCGCUUUCAAACCACAUCUAGAAGCGUAGAACUCGCAUUAUCUAUCGCAUGAAAUGAACCAUAUCACCGCGAAUUGCAUUUUGCAAAAAUAAACGUAAACAUAUCAAUCGUAUUGUGAAUAUCAAAGUCAAAAUCAAUAUCAAUAUUUAAUAAAAAGAAAAGAAAAGAAAAGAAAAGAAAAGAAAAGAAAAAAAUCAAAGAGGAAAAUAUCAAAUUUGUGUGUCCGUGUGAAUUCGAAACGAUAGCGAUUUUGUACCGAAGUCAAGCCAAUUACAAAACCAAUUCUCAUUUUCGAAUAUAUCUAUAUAUAUCUUCCCUUCAUUACUUUUCUAAAGACUGUCCAAAAUUUGCGCGAAAAGAAACAGCAAAAUUGAUUUCAAAUGGUGCAUCGCAUCAACAUUGUGUGUUGCAAUCAAACCGACCAACAAAUUCAAAGCAAAAAACGUGAUUGUGCCGGCGGUGUUGUGUGGUAUGAGCGAAAAAAUUCUAAUAAACAACGAAAGCGAACCAAGUUUACCGUUAAAUAAUAAUUAUUGUCAAAGAAAUGAUAACGAAAAUAGUACAAUAAAAAAUUGUUACCAAUGCUGUUCCCCCAUGUUCUUUCAACGCAAACGAAAUCUGAAACGACUAUGGGGUUUAGCCACAACAACAGCCUCAAGUCUGAAUCAAGAGCAAUUGGAUCAACAUUCGAUGCAGUCGACGACAGCAACGACGAUGACGACGACGCAUCAUCACCAUCAUCAUCAUCAUCUGCAUCACUAUCACCAGCAUCCAAAAUGCAAUCCAUCAUCGCGCUCGUGCAAUUCAACGAAAUUCGACUAUGGGGGUGGUUGUUUGUGUGGCAACUCAAACGGAGAUGGAAACAGCAGCGAUUGCAGCAUCGAUUCGUCCGCUCAAUACCAAUUAAAUCCCGCCAAUAUGCAAACCACAAAUCUGUAUCAACUAUUUUGCGCAUUGACCAAAAAACUGAAAGAAGCACAAGUCGAGACCCUAUGCCAAGCGGUCAAGUAUGGCCAAACAACGAAUUGUGUUUUAGUACCGAGACUGUUAAUCGAAGGCCAAGAUCCGCACGUAAUUGCCUGCCGUCUGUGGCGAUGGCCCGAUCUACGUUAUGCAAUCGAACUGAAACGGAUACCAUCGUGCCCAAACGAAACAGAUCCCGUCUAUGUUUGCUGCAAUCCGACACAUUGGUUCCGGAUUUGUCGAACAGAUUCACCUCCACCUCCUUACUCACAAUUUGCCAUGGAAAGACUGAAACCCGAAGAUCGUACCAGCGAAGAGCGUGUGCGUGAUCCUAGCAUUUUUCCAGGGUCACUUAGUACCGAUGGUGAAGAAAAAUCAUCAUCGGGUUGGUGUCAGUUGGCGUAUUGGGAGCAAUCGCAACGUGUCGGUCGCUUAUUUCCGGUAGAGAACUCGGCUGUGAAUAUAUUCGCUGAACAAACGCGCGGCGAUGGCCUAUGUCUAACAACAUUGGCAAUGCAACGAUUGUCGGCUACACCGGACGUGGUUCUAAAAGCCAGACAAAAAAUUGGCUUGGGGGUGACAUUAAGUCGAGAACAGGAUGGUGUGUGGAUAUAUAACCGUUCAUCGGCACCAGUUUUUGUACAUUCACCUACACUUAGUGAUAUUGAUUCGAGAUCUGUGCUUGUUUACCGGGUUCCACCCGGUCAUUGUCUUCGUGCUUUCGAUCAUGAUAAGGCUGCAAAGGAGUCUUAUGCCUGGCCAACUUCAAUUGCUGGCAAUGAACUCGGUCCAGUCGAUAAAUACAGUGUACGAAUAAGUUUUGCCAAAGGCUGGGGCCCAAACUACACUCGACUGGAAGUUAUAUCGUGCCCAUGUUGGCUGGAAGUGCUGCUGAGUACACCUUAUCGGUGACGCAUUGUAAAUCAAAAUCCUAGGAAAACUGUUUGCACUCAUUGAGAGCCGCACAUCGAACUCGGAUACUAAAUCCGUGGUUUUUAUGGUGGCACUUACAACAACUCCGGAAUAGCAUGACCAUAGAGCAGAAUAAUUGCAGUUUAAAAGAAAAUGUUGAGCGACUUUUACAUGAGUUAUCGAAUAUACUCAAAGAUAUAACGCAGAAAAAAAAAGAGAGAAUGAAAACAACAGAAAAUAAUUUUAAAUGAGCCAUUGAUAGAAGCGUGUAAAAUUCUAAGCAUACAAGCAAUCGGUCGAUUUUUUUUUUCUUAACGAGUGAUGCCUUCUUCUCUAUAAACUCAGAAACUUUACUACAAAAUUAACGAAUUGUUGAUAACAAAAACAAACAAACAAUUGAUGCUCGGAGAAUACAUUUGUAACAAGGGAAAUUUUAAUAUUUAAUAUUACCUUUAUGUUCUUAAUUUUAACGCAACGGAAAUACUUUUAAGAAAUCCUCACUCAGACGUUUUCGAAGCUUUUUUGUGGAACAUUUGGAUGAAAUGAGAGAAACAAAACCAACAAACAAAUAUGGAAAUAGUCAUUUUAUUAAUGGAAUUUCAAACAAACCGAAAAUGAAGAUGUUCGGGCAGCCGGCUGCCGGGUAAAUUUGCAGUCUCUAUAUAACAUUCUUCGAUCGUACAGAGAAUUUUUUUUUAACUGAACAUCUACGACUGUUGCUAAUCAAUUAAACUCGAUACUCAAUCAAAUUGUACAACGGUAAAUUUGUUUAGAUGAGCUUAAAUGUACCAGUUUUAUAUUCAUUUUGUUUAUAAAAAAAAUUAAAUGCAUAAUGAAAUUAAAAAAAAAUAACAACACAGAGAUAACUAAUACGAAAAACAAGGACUCUCGUAAUAAUAAUAAUAAUUAUAAUAAUAAAAGAGAAACUAUUGAACUGUGAAAGUGCCUAUGAAUUUUUUUCAAAAAAAGAAAAAUUGAAUAAAAUUAAAAAAAAAACGACAACACAACACAAUAAAUGAACACAAUUGACAUAAUGCUUUAUUCCGAGAAUGUCACUCGAAUGAGUGUAGAUGGCUUAAACAUCACAACAACAACAAAAAUGAAAUGACAUUUACAAAACAACAAACAUGAUGGAUCUGUUUUCAUUUUGUCUGAAAUUUCUCUUAAUUUUUUUUUUCUUCUCAGAAGUCUCUUAUGCUUAUAAGUAUAAAACGAAAGUGUACAAAGGAACAAAAACAAAAAAUUACGAUAACUCUAGACUAUUUCAGUUCUUACAACAAAAGAAAAUCAAAGAAGAAAGAAAGAAAAUUAUUUAAACAAGAAACUAAAGAAGAAAACAGUUGUAAUGCGUCAAUAAAAUGUUUAUUUUCCAAAAACAAAGCGCAAAUGAAAAGCAGUAGGUAUUUAAGUAAUGUAUGCAAUUGUUUCGCAUGAAAUGAACAACCAAGUAUUGUAUUUUUUUUCUUCGUUCAUUUCGAAAUGUAUCAAAGGACGAUAUGAUGAUGAUACGUGUAUGAUUCUUGUGGAAGCUUCCAACUUAGAAAUUAUAGUUCAUUUUGCUUCAAGUUCAUGUGCUUUCUCCUUCCCUUCUAACAUUCAACAUUCAUUUGUCUCGAUAUUUAAUAGAUGUAUUAAAUAUAUAAUACGAAACGAAACAGGGCACACAGAUGCUGUAGUUUGUUUGACUAAACGCUCUUAUUUAGUCAAAAACAAAGAAAAUUUUAUGAAAAGUAAAAGAAAAUCAAACGACACGAUACUGAGACUGCAACAAAUGGUUGAUUAUAGUAGGUGAAUCACACACACUCACACACAUACAUACACAAUUGUUGUUAUGCAUAAAUUGUUCGCUCGUUUUAGAUCGGCCACUCAGAUGCACUCAGUAUAAGAUAAACACAAUAUUUAUACCAUUGGCUUUACACGUAUUAAAGGAAAAACAAGUAUUGUGGUUUCAGUAGAAAAAAAAACUAAAGUUCAUCAAUUCUUUGUCAUCUCUCAUCUAUCGUAAAUUGCGAACUCUUUUCGCUAUCUUUUUGUCAUCAGUUCUUUGAAAAUCAAUUAAUAUUUCAUCUCCAAAAUCAUGCCAAAAAAAACAAAGUCCUUCUUCCGACUUGCACAACUCAUCACUUACAUUUCGCUCUGGAUGACUCUUUUAAAAAUAAUAAUAGUAAGCGAUACAGGCCAGUUCAAGCAUUUAUAGAAAUUGUUGUUUUAUUUUAUAUUUCUUCAUCGAUUUGAAUAGUGAGUUCUUCAGGAAGCCUCCUCCAACCACACAAUAUUCAGUAGUCAUUAGAGCAAUUUUGAAAGAAGCAAAACAAAAGCAGAACGAAAUUUUAUUCAUCUAUCCAACAAAGGAUCGAAACAAUGCAAACUCAUUAGAUAAAAGAAAAAUACAAACAACAAAAUCAAAAUGAUACAAUAUUUAGCUGUACAAAUGCAAAUAAAUUCAAAAACUGUUGUAUGAACAAACGUAAAGUAGAAGAAGAAGGAAUGAAAAUAAUAUGAUUAAUGUAAAGUACGUAAUUUAUUGUCAUGUCUUUGUUUGGAAUCUUCCACUUGUGUAUGUUUUAUUAAAAAUGAGGAAUAUGCCAGUUGCAAUGGAAUACUGUUCUUAGAAAAACAAAUGUCAAUUUUAUGAAUGAAACAAAACGAAAAGUAAAACCAUGUAUAAUUUAGUGAUUACGAUUUAAAACUGAUAUUAAACAACAAACGAUUUUCAUUUAAAGAAAAAAACUCUACCGGUGAACUUACUUGCACUUCAUGCAACCACCACGCACUAAAUUCCAACAUUUCCAAACGAUGUUGUAUAUAAUUUCUUAGAGAUUAUCUUUUUUUCAUUUUCAAUAAGUCUCCAAUUUGGUUUUCAACCCAAAUUUUGUAAUUUCACGUCAUUUAAUGAAAAACAAAUACACACAUUGGAUACAAAUUUGAAGAAUAAAAGGUAGAAUAUGAGAGAGUAAAAUGGGACCAUAAACACAAAUUUUUAGUUCAUUGUAAUGAAUUAGUUGAGUCUUUAUUUAUUGUAAAACAAAUUUAGCAACGAAUUAAAUAACAAACAUGCAAAAAAGUGGAAAAAGUUGAAAACUGAAUGUUAGCAUUUGUGAGAUCGAAGACAGCUUUUAAAAAUCUUGUAUGAUACGAAGUAUUUAAAGGAAGAAGAAAAAAAUAUGAAUUGAAAACAGAAAUUACAAAGAAAAAAUUUAAACAAAAAUUAAUAAGAAACGAGAAGAAAUGAUGAAGAGCAAAUAAUGUUUUUAGGAAUUUAAAUUAUACGAAAGAACGCCUUGUUAAAACGAAUAAACAGAACAAAUGAAAUGAAAAUUAUUUAAAUGAAUUCUUAUAAUAAAUAAAUCUAACUUUAUAGACCACACUAUAGGAGGAAAGAAGUGAAUAAAAACAAAAGAAAAAAUAACGAAAAAAUUUAACUGAUGAAAUGAUUAAUCAAAUAGCUUAAAGGGGCCUUCAAAUCUAUAUAUAUAUAUUAGAUAAAAUACGCGCUGAAUAAGUUCGUCAACAUCAAACAUUAUAUAUUUUGUAAAUAAACAAAGAACAAACACAAAACUUUUGAAUAAAACUAAAUAUUAAAAGAAUA